GAGAAGAUUCUUUAAAUAUAUUAAUCGCUUCUGAUGAACUUGAACUUCUUGAUCUUGCAGAAUGUGCACAAAUACACUUAAUUAAUAAGUGUUCACCAUGGUUAUUCUCUAAUCUUGUAACGUCAUUCAAUAUUAUUUGCCGUUAUAGUCAUUUUAAUGAAUUAUACAAUUAUGUCCUAAAUUUUAUAUUUAGAAAUCCUUAUUCUCUUUUCGAUUCAGCUGACCUUCAUUUAUUAGAUGAAUUAGCCUUGAAAUGUCUUUUAGAAAGUGAUGAUCUUGAGCUUGAGGAAAUAGAAAUUUGGAAUUGUUUGAUUAAAUGGGGUAUUUCUAAACUUGAUGAAAAUAUUGCAAAUUGGUCUGAUGAAAAUAUCAAAGAAUGGUCAGAAGAUCAUUUCAAUACAUUAAAAGAAACUAUCAUUAAUUGUAUUCCCUUAAUUCGUUAUUAUUAUAUUCCUAAAUAUUAUAUUAAAAACCAAAUUAAGC